AUGGCUGUAACACAGAGCAUCAGGGCAUCAGGCCUUAUCCUGUUGGAAACGAUCCUUUUUGGGUCUCUGCUCCUAUACUUUCCGGUUGUUAUUUUGUAUUUUGAGCCAAGCACAUUUCGCUGUAUUCUCCUGAGAUGGGUCCGUCUCCUCGGUUUUGCUACUGUUUAUGGAACUGUCACUCUCAAGCUUCACAGGGUUUUGAAGGUGUUUCUUUCACGAACAGCCCAACGGAUUCCAUAUAUGACUGGUGGACGGGUCAUGAGGAUGCUGGCAGUAAUACUCUUGGUAGUGUUUUGGUUUCUCAUUGGCUGGACUUCAUCUGUGUGCCAGAGUUUGGAGAGGCAGACUUCACUUAUUGGCCAGGGGCAAACAUCUGAUCACCUCAUCUUUAAUAUGUGCCUCAUUGACCGCUGGGAUUACAUGACAGCAGUUGCUGAAUUUUUAUUCCUCUUGUGGGGUGUUUAUCUCUGCUAUGCAGUGCGGACAGUCCCGUCAGCAUUUCAUGAGCCACGCUAUAUGGCUGUUGCAGUUCACAAUGAGCUCAUUAUCUCUGCUAUAUUCCAUACAAUUAGGUUUGUUCUUGCCUCAAGACUUCAGUCUGAUUGGAUGUUGAUGCUGUAUUUUGCACAUACUCAUUUGACUGUGACAGUCACCAUCGGGUUGCUUUUAAUUCCAAAGUUUUCACAUUCAAGCAAUAACCCACGAGAUGAUAUUGCUACAGAAGCAUAUGAAGAUGAGCUAGACAUGGGUAGAUCUGGAUCCUACCUGAACAGCAGUAUUAAUUCAGCCUGGAGUGAGCACAGCUUGGAUCCAGAGGACAUCCGGGAUGAGCUAAAGAAACUCUAUGCCCAGUUGGAAAUAUAUAAAAGGAAGAAGAUGAUCACAAAUAAUCCCCACCUCCAGAAAAAGCGGUGCUCAAAGAAAGGCUUGGGCCGUUCCAUCAUGAGGCGCAUUACCGAAAUCCCGGAGACGGUCAGCAGGCAGUGUUCCAAAGAGGACAAGGACAUGGCAGACCAUGGCACGGCCAGAGGCACGGCCCUCGUCAGGAAGAACACACCGGAGUCUUCAGGCAACACCGGGAGACCCAAGGAGGAAUCCCUGAAAAACCGAGUCUUCUCACUCAAGAAAUCCCACAGCACUUAUGACCAUGUGAGAGACCAAAUGGAACAGUCCAGGAGCCUACCAAUGGAAAGCCAGGAAGAGGAGGCUACAGAAAAUUCCACACUGGAAUCUCUGUCGGGUAAAAAACUAACACAAAAACUCAAAGAAGACAGCGAGCCUGAGUCCACGGAGUCAGUGCCUUUGGUGUGUAAGUCAGCGAGCGCUCACAACCUCAGCUCAGAGAAGAAGCCUGGGCACCCACGAACAUCUAUGUUACAAAAGUCUCUCAGUGUCAUAGCAAGUGCCAAGGAGAAGACACUUGGAUUAGCUGGGAAAACCCAAACAUCAGGCACAGAGGAACGUGCUAAAUCCCAGAAACCUCUACCAAAAGACAAAGAGGCAAACAGAAAAUACUCAAAUUCAGAUAACACAGAGACUACAGAUUCUGCCCCCCAAAACUCCAAUCAUUUGGAGGAGCCAAGAAAGCCUCAGAAACCUGGGAUUAUGAAGCAACAAAGGGUCAACCCCCCCACUGCCAAUUCUGACCUGAGCCCCAGCACCACCCAGAUGAAGGAUAACUUUGACAUUGGGGAAGUGUGCCCUUGGGAAAUUUAUGACCUGACCCCUGAUCCUGUGCCUUCAGAAUCAAAGGUUCAAAAACAUGUAUCUAUUGCUGCUUCUGAAAUGGAGAAAAACCCAACUUUUUCCUUAAAGGAGAAACCUCACUACAAGCCUAAGGCAGCUGAAGUAUGUCAGCAAUCCAAUCAGAAGAGCAUAAAUAAGGCUGAAGUAUGCCCUUGGGAGAGCCAAGGACAGUCUGUUUUUGAAGAUGAGAAGCAUUUGAUUUCCAAGACUCCAAUUCUCCCAGGGAGAGCUAAAGAAGAGAAUAGAAGUCAGCGUCCUGCAGCCAAUGUGUGUGCCGGGCAAUAUGAAGAACUGCCCCCCAAAGUUGUAGCAUCAAAAGCAGAGAAUGAAAAUCUCAACCAAAUAGGAGACCAGGAAAAAAAGGCAUCUUUCUCUGAGGAAAAUGUACCUGGCUCCUAUAACUCAAGUAAUAACUUCCAGCAACCACUAACAUCACGAGCUGAGGUGUGUCCUUGGGAGUUUGAGACCCCAGAUCAACCAAAUGCUGAAAGAAGUGUAGCUUUACCUUCCUCUUCUGCUUUCAGUGCAAAUAAGAUAGGAGGGCCUCGAAAAUAAGAGGUCUGGGAUACUUUUAAAGUGUAGCAUCCUCAAGAAGGAAAGAAGGUGGAAAGCCUAAAUUCAAUAUGACAGAAUAUAUAAGAAUCAAAAAUCCCCAAAGAGUAUUUGUCCAUCAAGGGAAAUAUGAUGGAUAGUGAGGUAAGGUCAAAGGCAUGGAUGGAAAAAGACUAGGAAGGCGGGAACAACAGCAUCAUUAUGGAGAAGUCACUUUGGCCAAGGAAAGUCAUUCCCCUGAUAACCCCAAGAAAAUCUUUACAUCUUAGCAUGUUUAUGCCCUCAAUGUCUUCCCCUGAUCAAUAUUUACCUGUAGGACUUUGAAGAUCCUAAGCAAGGCAAAUCAGGAGACACAGAAGGCGUAUUAGAUUUUGCUAAGAAGAAAAGGUAUGGAUAUAUAUGUCAAAUUCUAAGCAGCUGACUGACAGUAACUUUACCUAUUUAACCUUGAUAGCACUGCUAACUUAAUGCAUCCCCAAAAUACCUUUUAUAUUAAUGAUUGCUCUCAUUUUCUUAUAAAUGUAUGUUUCAGUAUGUUGUUGUGUCUCAUAUCCAAGCAUUCCAGGUUGUAUAACUUUUGCAAAUAACUUUGAAAUUGUGUGACACAACACAUUUAUGCAAUCUGCAGCUACUCAAUUAGUAUUGCAACUUACAGAAUACCUGCUGUCUAUCAACUUUAGUUGAUUCUUGAAGUACAGUAAGCUUUUUCUGGCUUGGGAAGCCAUAACUGUUAUGAUAAAAAUUUUAGUUUUGGCUGUGGUUUAUAUAUUGUGAAUUUGGAUUUGACUCUAUUGUUUCACAUCGUAGUUUGUUAUACUGUCUCAAUCAGGGGUUUUUAUACAAGUUGAGUUACUUGUUUUGCACUUCUUUUUAGGACUCAGAAGCUUUAUUAAUAUUGGAGAUCAAGUGGUCCUACUUAGUCAUAUGUCUCAAUAAGGACAACUUAUCCAUUGUUUGUUCAAAGUUAGAGUUAGAUAACACCUUCAUUCCAAUUAAUUGUCCCUUUUAACUCUUUCAGUAUUUCAUACUUAGCAGCGUUUCCUAAGGAAGAAGCUAAGAGUGAGAAAAAUAUACUGUGCAUUAUUGUUACCAUUGGAAAGGGAAGACUCUAGGAAUGAUGUGAGAUUUAUAGCAGUACUACAGAAUCAGGAAAGUUGCCUUUCACAGCAAAGACAGAAAGGUAGCUCCUGAUAGCACUUUCAAGGGAUUAUUUUUAUAAAAAGAAAAAUUGCAAUAGCAUCAAGAUCAUUGUAUGGAUAUAUUUUUAUUAUGCAUACUGAAAAUAUAAUAUUUUAAAUUACCUUAACCUAUUUAUCCUCAUAAAUUCUUAUUCAUUGCUUCAGCUAGUGGUAGAACUUGCUGGGCUCAGAUCCCAAAGAGGUUUUAUAACCUGAUUUAUUCAAAGCCUAUAAGGUGCUGUGGGCUUUUCAUUCUCCCAAGCACUUGAAAACUUACACAAAAAUUGCCAGUGCAAGCCACCUAGCUCAAAAUAUAAAGUAUAAGAUUUAUUUGCAAGGCAAAACAGCCCCUAACGCAUAUUUUAUAAAACUUCUUGCAUUCCACACUGAUCUCUUGGCAUGAAAAUCCUAAGCUGCUGAUUUAGCCCUACUGAUGUGAUCAAUGCAGUGAGAUUCCAAAGCUCAGUCUCACUUUAUUUAAAGAUGAAUCACUUAAAAAUAGAAGCCAGCCUUUCCUGUCUUUCACGCUAAACACUGAAGUAUCAACUGCUUGUUUUGCCAGGGCAUUUCCAGCCUAAAUAAAUUUUUCAUUUCAUGAGCAGCAAAGAGAACAUGCUAGGAGGAUAAAAGAUGAGAAAAGGGAAUCAGAAGGUGGAUAACGGGCUGUUCUUAGAGAAUAUUAUUCUCAGUGGAAGGUAAAAACAGAAUUCUCUGUAUUUAUCAUCACAGUUUUCUCAGUGAUUUUUUUAUUCAGGAGUAAGCGAGCACUUUGCAAAACUGCACACAAAUCUCCCUCACCCAUUGGCUUAUUUUAUGCAUUACUCAGGUUGGUGGGGUAGGUUUGGAGAGACAGAAAUUCUAUUUUUGUGUGUUUCCUUCAUUUUAUUUUUCUUUUAUCCCUUCCUAUAGUCAAGGCCUAUCUACUUGGUGACCUACUUUAAGGU